CUAGCUCCUUUAUAUGUAGAUAAACCCCUCUACUUGCUUUCUUACAACAGCUCAAACUCUGCCGUCGGUCCUCCUCUUCUUCCAUCUCCUAGGAAGAACCAAACAAGCCAAGCAAACUAGUAGCCACUGCAUUGCUCACGAGAUCCUCCUCACAAACCGAAAAACAAUGCAUGCCUCAAGAAAGUUCAAGAGAGCAUUCAUGGAGCGGCUCCUGCAGAGCCUGCAGGUGGCCGGCCUCACCUCCAAGUCCAUGGGUCUCCGGGAGCGCCGGGAUGCCGUGAGGCUCUCCUCCGAUGUGGCCAUGGCAUUGGCCAGGGGCAGCACGGCGCCCUGGGCGAGCGCGCUCGUCACGCGGCACGCGGCAGAGCGGCGCCACGAGGCCCUCAUGCGCCGCAUCCUGAGCACCGCUGGUUACGAGUCUAGCCUGAGGGCGGCGGCAACGGCGAGCUGCCGGAAGGAGAUCAGGAGCAGGAAGAUCGUGAGGAGGUCGCACGGUGUGUGCAGCUCCAGAAGGAAGAGGAGGAGCUCGCUGGUGGCGGCGAGCGGCAGCAAUGGUGCUACGGUCGCUAGGAGGAUGGUGAAGCGGAGGUUGCAGCUUCUCAGGAAGCUUGUGCCCGGAGGGGAGGAACUCCAUGGCUUCUCAUUGCUCAGUGAGGCCCUGGAUUAUGUGAUGUGCUUGAAGACACAGGUGGAGCUCAUGCAACGCCUCUGCAAAGGAUCGAUCCCAGCUGCCUCGAGCAUCAGGGCAGAGGCUGCCCCAAACCAGAAUGCAGACAUAUAAAUAUGCAUGAGAGGUGUGAGAGGAUGAGGAUCGAAUAUUAAUCCCUCAACAUACCGGUGAACAAAAAGCAAGAGGACUGGAACUCAAGCUCAACUUAUGCGUUGAUGGGAGAGCACAGAUGGUUCCGGGAGCCAACUUACUAUAGCUAGCUAGUACUGGUAGUGCCACUGUAACUAUUGUUAAGUACAUGUCAGUGCAGAGAUGGAUCUUGGCUUAGAUAUGUCUCCUAUAGCUAGGAUGAACAAGCCAACAUCCAUUCGUUGAAAAGAAUUUUGGUGUUAAUUACUAAUUAACUACCAGCUUAAUUUUUGUCUCUUUCGGAGGGAGAAAUUAAGCAUGCCCAUUUUAUCUGAAAUAUUAAUCAUGCAUGUACGUGGGUUCUCCAAUCUCAAUGAAAUGUAUUCUUCUCAAA